AUGGAGUCGAUAUCGAUACACGGCUUCCAGCUGCUGGACUUCUCCCACUACAAUAAACCUUCAUCGGCAUCUGCAUUGAGUCAACAACAAAUUCUCGGUGAGCUCAAUGAAUUAAGUUCUGGUGCUUCGGCGUGGGAAAAUAUUCCAGGUACAUUGGGGAGUCUCAGUCUCGCUGGGAGUCGCGAAGAAACCAACGCGUCGAACGAUGCCGCACAGUCGACGCAGGCGCAUCAACAAGUGCUCUCUCGUCAGAAUUCGAAUGGUGGUGUUCGCAAGUUCGAAUGUAGCAAGUGUCAGAAAUCCUUCAAGCAGCUGGCCCAUCUCAAUACCCACGCUCUCAUCCACGAAGGGAAGCGACCGCAUAAAUGUUCGUAUUGUGAACAAACGUUCAGUCAGCUGACACAUCUCAAACGACAUCUCGUGACGCAUAGGAACGGCGAUGAGCUCCGGUCUGCUUCCACGUACCCUUGCCAAUUGUGCCCCCGUCGAUUCGCGUUUCCCUCGGAUCUCAACGCUCAUGUGAACAAGCACUACACACGUCAGCAGAGGAAGUCCUCAAGCCGCGGACAGUCCCAACGCACCCUGAAUAACUCGAACAACAACGGUGGAAACAACACAAAUAGCCUCGCCGGCAGUGGCGCCAACGGCUGUGUUAGCAACAACGCUGCGAGCAACAGCGGCUUGGUCGCUACGAGCAGCGGUGUCGGCGCCAACGAAAUAGAUAAAAAAUGUAGAUUCUGCGAUAGGUCAUUCCAAUAUCCCAGCCAGCUGCGAGAACACAUGUUCGUCCACACGCAUAUCAGGCGAUUCCCUUGUGGGGAAUGUGGGCGAAGAUUCAUGAAGGAGCAUCACCUAAAGGUGCAUCAACAAUCGACACACCAGUGCCUCCGUCCGCAUACGUGUCACGUUUGUCACAAGAGCUUCAGCAUAAAAGCUAAUCUGGAACGCCACCUUUUCAUACAUAGUGUUCACAAAACUUUCGAGUGUCCCGUGUGCUCCAAACGAUUCGCCCAGCCCCAGACCUUGAAAAUGCACAUGGUAUCGCAUAACGACGUCAAACCAUUCCAGUGCCCAACCUGCGGGAAAGGCUUGGCACGCGCACACAAUCUUCGCGCCCAUAUGGCCAUACAUUGUCAGAACAAACCGUUUUCCUGCACCGAGUGCAGUGCGACUUUCACUCUAAAGGGCAACCUGCAGAGACACACGAAAGAGAAGCAUUCGUUUGAUUCGAUCGAUUCGGAACCGCCCUCCCAACAGCAACAGCAGCAGCAGCAACAACAACAGCAACAACUCUCUCAAAUGAUCUCCGUGGACGAAGAGGCAUCGCAAUCUGAAACCACGGUGUUCGACCGUUCGAAUAGUCCUGUUGCUCCCUAUCAGGAAGAUCAAGCGGACAAUGACGACACCAACAACGACGGCCGACAGUCUGAGGAUUCUCUCGAGUCGGAGAUCGACCCAGUGUUCGAAGCUCCCUCGGAACAGAUGAGCUCCUCCCAGGGCGCUUCAAACGGUUCGAAUUCCCUGAGUUUACAAGGGAAUCAACAGCAGCAACAACAACAACAACAACAACAGACCCUGUUCCAACCUUACGCCAGCUGCACCGUGGCUCAGCAAGCGCCGCCGCAUCCAGCACCCAGCUGCUCGAGUGAGCUCUUCCAUCAUAGUUUGCCCGUUUUCACUCAGCACGUGGCGCAGCUCCCGGUACCCGUUCCGCAUCCUUUCUAUGCGGCGAACGCAGCUCCCUCGGACCUCUCAUUGGGCACGGUGGGCGCUUCCCUGCAGCUGCUGCAUGAGACCGCUCCCACGGUCAUGAUGCAGCAUACCAACCCGGCGGGAUUCGAAGCGAGAAUUCAAGCACUCCACGCCGUGCUCGACGAGAUCGCGCAACAGAACGUCACUGGAAUGGUUGCAGUGACCACCGAGAAGAGGACCGCGAUACACAUGGCGGUGGACGAGCUGUUGAGCCCGGUGAGCGCCCCUGGACACGCGACUUCGGCGGGACCAUCGGGCGCAGGACCUUCAUCAUCUCAGCAAUCGAAUCUCAAUCAAAUGUUGGAUCUGCGGAGCACAGCUGGACCUCUAGAUAAUAUCUCAUAA